ACCAGCUCAGACUGUGAUAAAGUAGUCCAAGAAUCCACCUUGUACGCUGUUAUGUGCUACUCCGGAUCGGCUACCAUCCUCACAACCGCAAUCUCCUUCGUCGUAGGGUACAUUGGGAAGAAAAAAUUAACACUCAUGAUAUUCGCUAUGUCUACUUCAGCUGGAAUUGUUCUGCUACUUAUCAAAAUUCCACUUUUAAGCAUCCUCAUCUUCAUUAUUUUCCUUUACAUUUCUUUUAUUUUGGGAAAUAUGAAUACUUACUUGGUGGAAUUGAAUCCUACACAUUUAAGAGGCAUGGCGACUUGCUUAUCUGUGGUCGUAGCACGCGGCUUCGGUUUCAUCAGCGUGCAGAUAAUCGCCGAGCUACUAGCCGAGCACUGCCAGCUCAUGGUCACUGGAAACGUUAUACUUUUGUUUUCGGGCUUAGUCGUUUCGUGUUUCUUGCCGUCUGACCAAAGUAAGUCUAAUAAACAAACCCAUCUUCCGAGUGCUGACCUGCCAGACCAGCUAAGCGAAACGCCUCAAGAUCUAAAUUCAAUUAGGAGUACAACAUCUAGUGCUCUAGAAUCGAGCUUAUAUAUUGUAAAUGUAAAUUAUGAUAAACCCAGUGUUCUUGUAAUAAAAGCUUAA